AGAGAGAGAGGUCAGCUGUACAGUAGUAGAACUAGGAACACAACAGUAGUAUUGUAUUAGAAUACAGGCUGAGAGAAACAGGCACAGAAACAUCCCAAAAAAAGCAAAGGAACCACUGAGAGACGGAGGAAAUUUAAUGAAGACAAAAGUCCUACAGUAGGUUAAUCUCAGACACCAUAACCAGGUGAGGAGUGAAGCCGGGUUGCCAGAUUGUGACGAGGUAUCCCUGUUCCCUGCACAGCAUCUCUCCACAUCUCCCACUGGUCUCUCCUGGUGUAGCUGGAUCCUAUAGCCCACCAACAUGGCAACCCUGAAGGAGAAGAGGACGUGUGGCCAGCGGUGUGAGGACUUCGGUCGCUUCGUGUGGAACUCAGACACUGGUGCCAUGUUCGGAAGAACACCUGAGAAAUGGGUGUACAUCAGUCUGUACUAUGUAGCGUUCUAUGUGAUAAUGACUGGCCUGUUCUGUCUGGCCAUCUGGACUCUGAUGUACACCCUGGACCCCUACACUCCAGACUACCAGGACCGCUUAACAUCACCAGGGGUGAUGGUCUGGCCACCUACAUACAUUGAGGAGGAUGUAAUACUCAGCUACAACUUGUCUGAUAAAACCAGCCAGAGGAAGAUGUCCAACUGCCUCAGCAACUUCCUCAAACCCUACAACGACACGUCUCAACAGUCUAACCAUAACUGCACCAAGGGAGAGUACUUCAAACAGGAGAAGUUUGAGGCUCCACACCAUACCAAGUACUCCUGUCGCUUCACCCAGAGCAUGCUGGGACGCUGCUCCGGCCUGGACGACCCGACGUUCGGCUACAACGGCACCACGCCCUGCGUCAUCAUCAAGAUGAACAGGAUCAUCAACUUCCUGCCCAACAACGGGACAGGCAUGGCUCCUCAUUUGAACUGCACUAUACUGAGUGGCCAUGAGAACAUAGACAUGAUCGAGUACUUCCCCACCAACGGAACCUUCGACCUGUCCUACUUCCCAUACUACGGCAAGCUGGCUCAGCCCACCUACGUUAACCCUCUAGUGGCUGUGAAGUUCCACCUGGUCAAAGAGAGGGAGGCUAAGAUCCAGUGUCGUGUGGUGGCCCACAACAUCGCCUAUCAAGACUCAUACGAACCAUACCAGGGGAAGGUGGUCUUCCUACUCAAGGCUCUGAAAUAAUAUAUUUUACUGGACAAGCCAGCAAUCCAGCCAUCUAGGUCCUAACCAUGGUCAGAGCCAUAGAGCUGGAUAGUGUUCCUCAUCUUUGCAAUUAUGACAGAAUGGGAAGUGCAGUUGAGGGCUUUCUCCAUUUAAAAGUAGUCUGUGGGAAGAUAUCUUCACAAUUUCGUCAACAGGUAUGUCCUUAACCCAUCGACGUUCCCUCCCAGUUCUAGCCAUCUAUCCUCGUCUAUGAUCCCAACCAAGGCAAUCUGGUAACCCAUGAAAAAGGAGUCUCACACUAGCUCAACAACAA